GCACUUCAUGGAUGAUGGCAGAGGGAGGUAACCACGGCACCAAUUUGCUGGCUGCAGAGACUGCAAGUUUAGAACAAUAGCUGCAAGAAUGGGGAAAAGUGAUGUUGAUGGUGGAUAAAGUCUUAUUAUGGGAAAGAGCUUGGUUUUCACCUGCCAUCAUGGACUUGGUUUCUUUGGUGCUUCAAUUAUCUACUAUCUAGAUCCAUCUGUUCUGUCUGCUGUUUCCUCUUUUGUUGUGUUUUGGUGCUUGGCUGACUACCUUGUUCCCAUUCUAGCACCUAACAUUUUUGGCUCCAAUAAAUGCACCAGCAAUCAACAGCAAAAAUUCCAUGAAAUUUGCAGCAAUCUACUAAAAACUCAAUGCAGAGCUAUGGACUGGUGGAAACAAAUCUUCGCACUGAAGGAAGAAAAGCCUGAAAUGUGUUUCAUGGCCAUGAUCAUUUAUCUCGCUGCAGUUGUUUGGAUGGGACAGCAAGUCCACAACCUGCUUCUCAGCUACCUGAUAGUGACUUUCUUACUGUUGCUUCCUCAACUAAACCAACACGGAAUCAUUUCAAACCACACUGGAAAGGCCAAAGGGAGAUAAACAAGCUUCUCGAACAAAAAGAAAAGAAAAAUGAAUAAUUCAUCGGCUUUAUUCAAUGUGAUUAAUGGCAUAUACAUUGUCCCUAGGAACAGUUUCUGCUAUACUAUCCAGAUACUAAAAUGUUAAAGAAGUAGCUCUUUGUUCUCCCUCACUCUGCCCUUAAUUAUUCAAUAGUCUAAAUCCAAUGGGAUAAAAGAAAAAAAAAAGAAAGAAAUUCACACUUACCAAGUAAGUGUCUUCGAGUCAAAUACAGUUAAAAGCAUUUUUAUUGGUGGUCUUACAUGGAUAACUCAUUAGAGAGUAUGACUUGUUUUGAUUUUUC